AUGGCACAGCAGCAGCAACAACAACUUCAACAGCAACACCACACCAGCAGCAACAACAACAACAGCCUUCUCCUUCUUCAGCAACAACAGCCCCAACAACAACAACAACUAGAGCAACUACAGCAAUACAAUAACAAUUUGUUGUAUAGCCAAAAUUAUAACAUGGAGGAGUACGAGCGGCGGAAAAGACGUGAGCGUGAGAAAAUCGAGCGACAACAGGGCAUACAGAUUGACGAUCGGGAGACUAGUCUAUUCGCAGAGCCGCGACGACUGACUGAGGAUGAUGCGGAGAUUACCGCAGCCCUGGGCGAGUUCGUCGAGGCGCGGGUAUACAUUAAUCAGUCCACUGUGGGGAUCAGUCGAAGUGCGCCCGGCGCCGGCAAUCCGCGCCUGCAGGCGCCACUGCCGCCGCAAGCCAAGUCCCUGGGCCAUUCACCCUCCUCCGCCUCCUCAUCAGCAGGGUCCACAUCUGCAACCUCAGCGCUGCCCGGUCAGCAACAGCACUACCAGCAACAACAGCGGCCGCCGACGUAUCUGAAGCAGGCGGACAACAAACCGCCCUACAAUGGUCGAGGCGGUUAUCCUGGCCAGCCCAUGAAGAACGACAUUCCGUCGAGUAGUGGCAUGGCCCCUCCUCGCGGCCCGCCCAGAUCCAGUUCCAGCAACAGUAACUCGUCCAGCGCCACAAACAAUGCCAGCAGCGGCGGAGUCCCAGCCAGCACGCCGCUGGGGCCGCCCCUAUCCACGCAGAUGCCCAAUGGGCGGGAGAAAUCUUUUCUUGGACCACCACCCCCAGCGCUUCACAAUGGCACCGCAGGACGAUUUGUGCCGCCAGCGGCCAAUAAACGACCAGCAGCGGGUCAACAACCGCCACCACCGGAGAAGGACGUCAACAAGAUAAUCAGCGACAUUGCAAGCACCUUCUGGGUGACGCCUCUCACAUUGAUAGCGGCCACGCCACAUGCACCAACGCGGGAGAACUACAACCUGACCGCGCCCAACAAACAAAAGUAUGCAAUUGACAUGAUCGGCUCCCCUCCCUCUGCGGAGCCUUCGUCGCUGAUGACGCCACUUUUCCCUCCUAUCGCGCCAAUAUCCUCGCCCAUCGCCCCCCUGUUAACAACACCGCCACAGGCUAGCCAAUUGCCCUUGGGCGGAGCAACAAGUGGGACGACAUCUGGAGAGACUUUGGCGCCGCUGCUUCAACUGCCACCCACUCCGCCCAAAGCAGCUACCGUAGUCACGUCGCCGCCAUUGGCCAAGCCGCUCAAAAUGGAAAAGAAUCACUCGCUGGAGAAGCAAGACUCCUGCCUGGAAAACGAUCUGGAGUUGUCCGAAUCAGAGGAUGAACAGAAAAAGAAGGAAGGUCGAUCGGCGGGCAACAGCAGUAACAGUUCAGAGUCCGAUUCCAGUGAGUCGGGCAGUGAGUCGAGCAGCAAGAACGAUCUACAGCACCAUCCAAACCACCAACAGCAGCAUCACCAACUGCAGCAGCAGCCAUCUAUCCAGCAGCAACAGCAGCAGCAGCAGCAAGUCCUCCAGCAACAGCAUCGGCCCCAACCACUGACGUCCAACGGGGCCCAGAAUAAGAAAUACAGGCAUGAGAUCAUUGCCCGUGGCAGUAAUACAAUAACAGGACUGCUCAGCUCCAGUGGAUUUGGAAGCGGCAAUGGUGGAUCAUCUGGUGUAAACUCCAAUGUAGCUGUCGGCGCAGGGAAUGGAUCAGUUGGCACUCUGAGCAGUGGAGGCAGUUCGUCGAACAAGACGCCAUCGCCCACGGAAAGCAACAAGUGGAAUCUGAGUCGGUUUUUCCACAAACCCGCCAACCAGACAAAUUCCGAAAGCGUCUCGCCCGGCAAUGUAAGCAUGAAGGUGCCAGGCAUCCUGCCAGGGGGAGCCCAAAUCAUACCCGAGUCCAUUGAUGUGACCACAGCCAUUGUUAAGAACGAAAAGAUCCACGACGAUCACAUGGCCAUGGAAGAAGGUGAGGAGGAGGACGACGAAGAGGAGCAACAAAUACGCUAUGGAGGUGGCCUUAGUGUCACCCCGGUGGCGGUGAAAAAGGAGGCCAUCGACGCUGUUUCAGAGAUGGCAUUAGGAGCGAUACCAAAAACCCAAAUCAAACGCGAGACGGCGGAGGCACUACACUCAGCCCGACUCUCGGAUUCCGGAACCAGUGCUAGUGGAAGCUCCUCUAGCAGCAGCAGUAGCUCGGACAGUGCGACUGGCGGGGAUGUGGUCCCCAUGCCGGGUCCCGGAGAAACUCUUCAGCUGCCCGGUGUUCCAGCUGCCAUCACAACGGUUAUGCGAGUACCACCGACGCAGUCACAGAAGGUACCACCGAGUAACAGCGUCACCCUUAUGCCCAUUCUUCCGCUGCCCACAUCACCAAAACAGCGACAAAAGAAGCCUCGGAAGAAAAAGGCGGUUACAAGUGCCCCCAUUCUGGACUCGAGCGAUGACGAUGAGCCGCCAGCCAAGCACCCUGGACUGGAUCAUUCUGCUGUUUCAGUUCAAACUCAGCCCGCGGCGGAUACGGUGAAAAAAGGACGCGGACGACCGCGAAAACAACAACAAAGUGGUGGUAGUGGAAACCUGAGUAGUGCAUCCGCCGGAAGCAGCUCCCAGACUAAAGGCCCAACGCUGACUGCUGCUAAAAAGCCUCUCGCCAAAACACCGCUGGCCAUGAGCAGGGCGAGGAAACGCGAACAUUCCAGCCAGAGCAGCUCCAACGGUAAUACGCCCACCAAAAAGGUUGCCACCCCUCAUUUGGUAGCCGCUCCUAUGAAACCGGCAAGUGUUAAUGCUGGCAGUAGCAGCUCCGACGACGACAGUUCUUCGAGCGCAGGAUCCAGUUCCAAGUCGAGCAGUUCCUCGAGCAGCAGCGAUGACACGGAAACCCAAAACACAAAUUGCCGGAUAGUCAAGCUGAACAAAACUGGCGCCGUGCAAAAGAAGGCGCUGCUGGGCAGCGGGAGUAGUUCACCUAGCAGUGACAGCGAGCCGGAAGAUCAGGGCAGAAACCAGGUUGGAAGUGGACAGUCGCUUUCACAGCAACUGCCGCCCUAUACGCCGCUGCCAAUCAGUCAGCAUAGCCAGCAGCUAAGCAGUUCCGACAGCUCUUCAUCGAGUGGAGGCUGUGGAGGCGGCGGUGGUGGCAGCAGCAGCAGCGGCGAGGAGGAUGAGGCGCGCCGUGAAAAGGAGCGUGAACGAAAACCGAAGAGCGAUAAAAACAAGAUAAAUACGUUGACGAGGAUAUUUAAUCCGAAGGAGGGCGGCGCCAAGAAGCAAGGCCAGGUUGUGAUCGUGGAUCUGCAGGAGGAGCAGCAGCAGGGCAAGUUGGAUGCGGCGGCACAGCCACCACAGGCACCAACUGCAGCCGCUGCCGCAAUCAUGACGAAGCAUCGGAUGACGCCCUCGCAGCAACAGCUGGGAGGCAGUCUGGCCUCCCCAGCGAGGACAACCACGCCACACCUCACCUCUUUGAUAUGCAAAAUUGAUCUAAGCAAGCUUUCGCGGGAGCGGAUUAUGCGCCUCAAGAAACUUACUCCCGCCCAGCAGAAUGGCCAUCUAACGCCCAAGGAUCAGGCGACGAAUGCGGUUCAUGUGCCCAAUGGCUAUGCCGGUGACACAAAUUCUGUGACCAAGGUGAAAAACGAGCAUCCGGUGAAACCGGAGCCCGAGCUAGACGCUGGUUACGAGUCCAAAUUUAAGCCCGGCAACGUCAAGCAGGAGUUCCAACUUAAGCAGGAGCGCGAUCGGGAUAGGGAGAGAGAGCGAGAACGGGAAAGAGAGCGUGAGCGCGAUCGUGAACGUGAGCAGCCUCCUGGGCGACGGCGGAAACGCAGCUCUAGUUCCGGUUCUAGUCCCUACAAGGAAAAGAAACGGAAAAAGGAGAAAAGCGACCAAGUACAGAUCGGCAAAGAACUGCUGCCAGUGCCCGUGCUUUUGCCCUCCAACAACCACGAGCGAAUGUCCAACCAUGAUCGCCUUUCCUACGACAAGCUCCAGUUGCUUCACGAAGACGCGGCAGCUGCUGCUGUUGGCGAUGUGUCCGCUCCAAAUGGCAGUCCCAGCAAAAAGCUGCUGGCGAUGUCACCGCUACCGCCUCCGCCGACGGUCUCUGUGGCGCCUGCCACCUGCAACGAAGCGGUGCAGACGACACCACCUUCGGCAACGGCAUCUUCUGCGACAGCGGCCUCGGCUGCCCCGGCCCCUGCCACGCGGUUGAUCUAUCACUCCUACUUCGAUCGCGAUGUGGAGCAAACCAGUGACGACCCUAGAAAAAACAAUCACUUCCUCCAGGAGGCCAUCAGACGAAAGCAUGCUGCCGACUCGGAGCGUGACUCUUUCAACCAGGUGACCUUGUAUCUAGAGGCCGUUGUCUACUUCCUGCUGACUGCCGACGCUAUGGAGCGCUGCAGCACCGAGCAGACCACAAACACAAUGUACAAAGAUACCCUGUCGCUAAUUAAAUUUAUCUCCACUAAGUUUCGUCCCUAUCAGCAGUCAACGAACGGGCAGCACGAAACGCACAACAAAGUGGCCAUUCUCAGUUUACGCUGCCAGUCGUUGAUAUCACUGAAGCUUUAUAAGCUACGAAGGGCAAACUGCCGCGCCAUCAUUGCCAGCCUCACGGAUUUCUUUCGCGUUGGCAGGGGAGACAUGGUCAACGGCAACACGCCUUCCUCCAUAUCACCAUCGAACUCGGUUGGCUCACAGGGCUCCGGUUCGAAUACGCCGCCAGGCAAAAUAGUGCCUCAGGAUACACACAAUCAGUUGUGCAAGCAGAACGAGUAUCUGAGUUAUGUGCAUAGUGCUCACGAGUUGUGGGAUCAAGCCGAUCGAUUGGUGCGCACAGGCAACCAUAUAGAUUUCUUCCGCAAACUGGAUCACGAGAACGGCCCGCUAACGCUGCAUAGCACCAUGCAUGAAGUUUUCCGGUAUGUUCAGGCGGGUCUUAAGACGCUCAGGGAUGCCGUUUCGCAUCCGGCACAUCAGUCCUAGUAGCGACAGCGGCAACGUCAAUCGCAAACGCAAAGGAAUCGGAAACGGAAACACCACCAAACGUGUCUAAAUGAAAGUCAGGCCAAAUUAGCAACUAUUAUCUACUACAAGCUACUAAUUUAGUUAGUCAUCAAAGGGAGAAACGAAAGAAAAGGAAUCGAAGCCAACAACCUUCCAACAGGUCGAAGAUAACCACAAUAUAAAACAAAAACAACACAAGAAAUGAUUUGUUAUUAAUGUAUAAUUUUUAUAUGUAUGUAUUUUGUAUAUGCACACCAUUUACUUAUUUCCUUAUGCUCAAUUUUCGAUUGUUUUAAGAAUGUUAAGCUUUAUAUUUAUGCCUAGUUUUAAUUGAUAUUACCACAAACGAAAAACAAACACACAUUACAAGUUAUAUUAGGUAUACAUCUAGUCUGUAAGCGCGAAAAGCAAAUAACCAGCUCCUCUUUCCCUGUUUCCUCUUCCCAAAAAACACAAAACUUUUAGUUGAAUUUUGUUUUAGUAGGCGUACUACAGUAAGGAGAAACGGCUUUUUAAAUUGUUUAAGUUUUAGUUAAUUUUGCUUUGCAGCCUUGGUAAAGAGAAAUGUUAGCAAAUAUAAAUAUAUAUAUUAUCGCCUAUAUAAAGAAAAGUUAUAGUUAUAAAUUUUUUGUAACAUUUCAAUAUGAAUUAUGUUUAAUGCAACUAUUUUAUUAAUUUUAAAUUAAUUUUUUAAAAAGCAAUCACAACACGUUUUUAGAACAAAAUACAUGAAUGAAAACAAAAUAUAUAUAUAACAUAUAUAUAUAUUAAUAUAUAUUUCAAAUAUAUACAUGAAAAUGUAUCCUUUGUUUGGUUUUAUUUGUUUCACCUUCACCCCAUCCAACCUAUCCCCAAGAUAUUCGAUUUAAUUCAUAAUGGGUGCCUCAAAACUCUCACACAUACGCAACAACUAAUAGUGCAUUAGUAGACUUAAACGAGUUAAAAAUCAAUCGAAAUAGACUUGCCCUUGAAAUAGUUAUAUAAGCUGUACAUAUAGCCGCCGAUAUACAAGAAAUAUAUUUUUAAAUGCCAAAAAAGUGAAUGCUGUAAACUACUUUAAGCCGAUUUCAAUAAGAGGGUUUUGGAUUACGAUGGGGAUAGGAAGGUACUUACCCAGAUAUAUGGAAUAUAUUGGAAAGAUCGAUGGAUCGUUAAGCAGGCAGCAAAAUCUUGUUGACUCUUUUUUUGGCAUAUACGAAAACGAAAACUACGAAAAUCAAAGCGAAAAUGAAACGAAAAACAAAAUGGAAUGGAAACCAAAAUAAAAAGAAUAUUAAAUUAUUAUUAAUAAUGGUUCUGGGGAAACAAGGCAUUCGAAUUCAACAAAUGAAACCGAAAAACAUUUAAAUUAUAGACAAAUUUUAAGUUACCACUAAAGAAUGCAGAUGGCAGUGCAGUGCAACUAAGUGUAAUUAUUAUAAAUUGAUACACAUACAUACAUAUGUAUUGUUAAUUAUUAAAACACUGUAAAUAAUAAAAUUACGUAGAUGGAAACACAUGGACACACACAAGCAUAUAAUUAAAUUAAACAUAAUUACAUGCCUAAUUAUACAUACUUAUAUAUAUAUAUUGGUAUAUAUAAAGAUAUAUAUAUAUAUAUUUUUAUAUAUAUACACGAUGAAUUAAACUAAACGACGUAGAAAUUAUAGUUAAAUUUUUUCAAAAUGACAAGAUUAACUUGCAGCAAUAAGCAACCGACAACAACAACAAACAGCAACAGCUACAACAACAACAAACGAAACGCGCCUAGUAAUAGUUAAUAAUUAUAUUUUGUUAAGCGUUAUUGUAGUGAAACAAAGCAAACCGACAGAUCGAACAGCAAAACCAACAGAAUUAAGUUUUAAGCUGGACUUUGGAAGGGCAGGGCUAGCGAGGCGAAAACCAAAAUGAACGCAAGACAACAAGUUGUUCAUUAACAAAACUAGAAGUAAAUAUAUAUUUUGUACAAAUAUAAUUAAAUUCAGCCGCAGCUAAAACCAAGUACACUUAUUAAAGUUUAAGCAACAACAAACAAGAAACAACCAAUUUAAUAUGCAAUUACCGUAACAGUAGUUGAUAAAUCAAACGAAUAAAACAUCAAAAAUUGUAACAUUUA